GUACGACUGAGAGCAUGCACGUGGACAUGUCUCACACCGGCGUUCUGGAACUGCCGAAUGUGUUUAUGAAAUCCAGUUUGGAUAUUCCCCACAUUCGACCCGGUUUCGAGAAUGCAUCAGCCUUCAAAACCUACCCAAGAGCAAAGAUGACAGGGUGAUAUUUGCAUACUGAAUUGUGAUUGCGGGUUCAGAGGCUGAGCCAAGUUUAUGGCAACAGGACUCGUCAAAGUACAGAAACCUCAGUGGCAUGAAAAUGAACGGUGAAGGCGCUGGUAUAGGAGUUCCAACCCCAGCUGUGGUGGGGUAUUUGGGAAAAGUCAGUUAUACUCAGUUCCCUCCCUCUGUCACAUGUGCAAAGCUCUGUCACCUUCAAAUUUAUUCAUAUUGGACAAUCUAUGGAAACAUUAUCAUUUGGAAAUUGACCCCCACUCUUGCCCCCAAACGAGAAACAAGAGCAACACGGAGAUCUGUAAAAAGUAAAAGGCGAAAGAAGUGUCAUAAAAACAGUGUACUUUGUGUAAAUUUCACAGAAUAUUUCUUUAUGAAUUUGUGUGAUGUUUAUUAUGUGAGGAGUGUGGUUCAAAUUUUGUUUUUGUUUUAUAGCGUGAAGUUAAAAAUGGCUCAUCUAGGAACUGUCCAUGGUGCUUGGCAAAAGGUCAGACAAAUGCUCUGUGGUUCUAUGCUAUCAACUUGGAGGAGACCGUUUUGCUCUGUACAAAUCCAGUGUGCCUUUAUCCAUUGGUUAGUAGACCUCUGGAAGAUGUGCUUGCUAGUUUGCCCACACUAAAAGAUCUGGAUGGAUGCAAAAGUAAAGCUGCUUCCCUGUCUAUGGUCAAGGAUGUAUCCUCCCCUUCAAAGCAAUCAAGAGAGGAGAAGCUGGAAAUGUUGUCUACAGUGUCUGAGCCAUGUGUUGUGGAUCUUAAUGAAUGCACACCUCCAAAUAACACUGUUCAAAAUGAAACAUUUUUGGAUGAUCAGUCAAUACUGGAAAAGAACACUGAGGAACAAUAUCCUGAAGUGAAACCAAUUAGCCCUGAUGUGGAUUUAAAUCUGUGGGGCACGAAGGACAGCUGUGUGUCUAGCACUCAAGAUGAGGUUGAGGAGAUGCUUGGAAUGGAUGAUGAUGUGGAAUCAUCAGCAGAGCUGGUUCCAGUGCAACCACAUCUCUUUUGGAAAAAUGAGGAUAACCUGUGUUGGUUGGAUUCGUUGUUGGUGAUGUUUGUAAACUGCAAGACUAUCAGAGAAACACCAUGUCAGAAUGUAAGGCUGACUGACAGGUUGACGGCAAUGCCUUGCAGCAGCUCUGCUGUUUGGAACCUUUGCUCAGCAUACGACAAGACAUGUGCAUAUCUACAAUCCAAGCAACUUCAGGGUGAAGACAAGGUAACCAGAGUUCCUGCUGAUGUCCUGGAGGAGGCUGAGCGACAGCUCUCUGCUCUCCGUCUGUCAGUCUUUAAACUCCUUCAGCCCACACUUAAGUGUGAAAUUGGUCAGCAGGAAACACCUAUUUUUGCACUGCCUCUUCUUCUCCGGUCAGAUAAAUGGGCUCAGAAUCUUUACCAGCAUACCAUCUGUUGGGAGUUUAAGUGCACAGCCUGUGGUUAUACUCUCAGUGACAGUGUUGAGAAUACUCUUACAACCUUCACUCAUAUUCUGUCUGACUGGCACCCGCUAAAAGCAAUCCACCGCACUCAAUGCAAUAUCUGCAACCGCAAAAACCAGAGGAGGAAAAUGGUGCCUGAGAAGCUGUCCUCUGUUUUUGCUCUGCACUUUGUGGAGGGCUUGCCAAGGAAAGACCUCUGUAGAUACUCUUUUGAGUUCCAGGGCUCUCAGUACAAUGUUAGCACUAUAAUCCAGUUCAAUAAGAACCUCCAGCACUUUGUCACCUGGAUCCGCCAAAGUAAUGGAUCAUGGCUAGAACUUGACGAUUUGAAAUACCCUCGCAGCAUCAACCACAAACGAUUAACACUGCCUGCCAAUGAAAUGCAUGUUGUUUUCUGGGAGGUAGACUCCAACAUAGAGAUCUGCCCACUGACAACUCCCCCGGCAGUCAUUAAUGUUGACAAUAAUAAACUCCUGCAAAAACUGUCAGAUCCUGCUGCCAAUGACACGUCUGUCCUCGGUACAGUAACUGUAAAUGAGGACAAGGAUUUGACUGCUGCUAGUACCAUAGAUGCAUCUAUUAACAAUACCACAUUAAUGGAUGCUUUCGAGGGACUUUCACACAUAGACAUUAUGACCCUCACUCCAGCCACUAAUGGAACACAACUUCAGGUUCCCAAUACCCCAGCCGUUGCGCCAGCUGUCCUCCCAUAUCAUCCAAAAGCAUCUAGCUUGUCUCAUAACUCUGAGUCCCUGUGUCAACCCUCAAGUCCUCCAAAACGCCAGAGAUGCAGUUCUGGUUCUAAGGAAGAAUCUUCUUUAGUAGCUCCAAAAAUAACUCUACCCUCAGUGGGGAGGUUAUCAGUACCUACAGAAAAACAUGUCCCUUUACCCCUUGUGUCAAGUGGUAGUACUCUCGCUGGUGCACCAAGCUGUUCCGCCUUACUCAAACACUAUGCUUCAUUCCAAUCUACACCAGUAAAACCUCCUCCUUCUGCCCCCAAACCAAAACCCAUUCUAAAAUGUGAAGGCAAUGAAGCUCUGCCAGCAAAGCCAGCUGAUUUGUUUGGUGGUUUCAUAUCCAAGAAAUUGCCUAAUCUGCCAAAUCCCGGUGGAGUUGUGAAAAAUCCUUCAGUAGUACGUCAGCAGAAAUCAAUCAACCAUCCUGGAACCAUGUGCCCUCCUGGGAAAGUGUCUGAGAUCUUCAAAUGUUCUGGUAAGAAAACAGCUUCCAAUCAGCCACUUAGCACUACUGAAGCCCUCAGGCUAAAGCUAAUGAAGAAGCUCAAGGCCAAGAAAAAGAAACUUGCCAAGCUUAAUGAGCUUCUUGGAAACGGAGAAGCUACACCCAAACCGGACAGCACGGCCUUUUUGUCACCCUACUCUGUCACUUCAAGUACUUCAGUGUACAGCCCAGCAUAUGACCAGUUCUUUGCCGAGCUUUUGUCUCCUGCAACCACCGUUAGCAACCUCUCACCUGAUAGCACAGGUCUCCUGGAGAUGUUGAACAACAGCCAGAAUGUGGAUGCAACAAAUGAAAGUGAAGGGGUAAAUUCUUCUGCUGCAACUGUGGUCUCAGAUCCAACUUUCCAGAACUACACCCCCUCUACUAAUGAUUCGGCCAUGGCUGUUGAUGAAUAUUUGGAAGCAUGGAUGGGGCAAACUUCUAUAGAGAACAAACAUUUUAAUGCUUUAGAUCUAUUUUUCUGAUUAAGAAAAAGCUUUUAGACUUUAAGAACCACAAGUUUGUUCUGGUGUUGUUCCUAAUCUCACUUCCUUAUAUUUUUGUAAUGAGGAAGAAUUUUGAUCGGAAAACCUGUAGGACAUUGUCAGUUCAUUCAGAGUCCAGAGUUCAUAUUUUGUCUCAUUUACUUGAAGGCUAAGAAAAUAUUAAAUGGGGCAGUCUAGACAAAAUGUUUGAAGAUCAAAUUAUGUACUUGUAUAUUUUGUACAGUGUUGUACAGUUGUCCAUUUUAAUUAUGAAUUUUUCAUUCUUUUUUUUUUUUUAUGGUCAGUGUAUUUAAUCUAAGUUAUUAAAUGCGCUCAAAAUCUGAAUAUUAUGUUUAUUUAUUUAGUUUUUUGUUUCAGUUGGGGGAAAUUGGAAUUAAAAGGCCUGUUAUCACCUGUUUUAUAUUUGUCAAAAGCAGUAAUUUUGCACUAAAAAAUUCCACAAUUACAAAAAAGGAAAUUUUUUGUCAAUAAUAAAAAAAAGAUUUGCAAAUGCAGUU